AUGUCUGGCCCUAACACUACUUUCUCUGCUCCUAACGAUUCUCGUUUUGCUAAAACUGAACUUGGUGCCAAUUUCCGCUCCAACAAACCUGCUCCCUAUGCUGGAAUUGAGGGUUCCUAUGGCUCUCUUGAUCAACGUUAUGUCGCGAGGCAUUUCUUACAGCGCUUUGAGUCUUACAUGCUUACCACCAACGUUGGUCCUGGUGACUGGCCUCGUUGUAUCGUUAACUUCCUUCAAGGCGAGAUCUUCCACUACGCUGAAGCUUGGCAGAAGAACGUUGAGAACUUUGGUAAAACUUGGGAUCAGUAUAAACGAGAGUUCCUUGCUCGUGAACAUCCACCCAAUUUCCGUCAUCAAGUUGUUACCCAGCUUCGUCAGGCUGCUAUGAAACGUCUUUCCGUCGAAGAUUUUGAUGCUUAUGUUAAAAUUUUUCGCACUUGCCGUGGUAUUCUGGACCCUAGAGAAGAUGAUAUCCUUGAUUUGGGUUCUGAAGAAGCCGUUAAUGAAUUUGUCCAAGGUCUUCACCCUUCAAUUUAUCAAGAAUGGUACACCACUUGCUUAAUGGAUCUUGGAGAUAGAACUCACAUUCGUGAACGUCUUGAUAUCACCAUGGAGGUUUGCCGCAACCAUACUAGAUCUUUGAUGGCGCGCGCUAACCCUACCAAACCUAUUACGAGUGCUACUGAUUUUGCCGCCCUCGCUAGUUUGGAUUACUAUCCUGAUGCGAAGUCUGAUAUUGUUGCUCCUGGUAUUAUCCCGAAUGUUGUCAAGAAAUCUGCAAACCCCUAUCAACAGGCUGCUUUCGCCGAUGAUCCUAUGGAUAUUGAUGCCAUCAACGUCAGUCCUAAUGGAAAUCCCCGCAGAUACAAAUACAACAAUUUUUCGGACGUCAAAAGAAAUUUUUCAAACAACAACUAUUCUAAUCGCAAUUACUCUAAUCGUGGAUCCAACAACUUUAACCGCAACAGUGGACAACGUCAAUCUCCUGGACGUUCAGCCCGUCCUACCCGCAACAACAAGAGUCCUGUUAACAGUAACAUCAGAUGUUAUAAUUGUGGCAAACUUGGUCACAAGAUGGUUGACUGCCGCUCAAAAAACGGCCUCUACCACGCCUAG